AUGGCGUCGAAAACAGUCUAUACAACCAGCUGUACUAUACGUUGCCCCUCAUGCUCAAAAUCAAUGAUGCUUAAAAAUUGGAAAGACCAUUGUCGACAGAUGCAUACUAUGUUGUCCUCAAUGAUUGAUGAGAAAUAUAAUGAGAUGAAAAGGAAUGUCGAAAAAUCACGAUUAACUAAUGCAACAAAAACAACAACAACAGAUGCGAUCACAAUAACUGAUAAACCUUCUCCCAUACCAACUAACAAUUUAUUUUCGUUGAAAAAAUUUGCAUUAACAAAAACAGUUGAUUCAAAUUCACAAAUAAUUUAUUCCGAUAAUCAAGCAAAUCAACUUCAAUCAAUGGAAUUAGAUAUCCAAAAUGCAUCAAUUAAUUCAACAAAUCCUACUACUGAGUCUUCCUUAACUAGUUCCUGUCUUUCACCAAACAUCGUUGACGACGACAACUUCUCAUAUCAUGAAUUGACUGAUCCAUGUGUUUCAACACCACCUGUUCGCGAAAUUUUAUCUUGCGCACAGGGUUUUCCGGAUGAAUUACCACAGGAUUUUAGUCGAGUAAAUCAAUCAAAUAAUGAAUCAGAUUCUGAAACGAUAUCUGAUGAUGAAAAUUUAUCCGAAAAUGAAGUUAUUUUGACCUCACUCUCAAUGCAAAACAAGGAAAAAAUAACUUCAGCUCGUUCGUUGAUUGAGUUCAAACAUAUCGAAGGUUUGAAAUUUAUUACAACUCAAGAAAUAACAUUUGUUGAUGCUCAAUUAAAACGAUAUCCGCAUGUACAAUGGUUCACUGAAGAUAAACAAGAACGUGUUAAACCAAGUCGUCAUUGGUUUACCAAAAACUAUCCAUGGCUUCGAGCUGUAUUCAGUGGCAAUAGAUAUGGAUUAUUAUGUAUUGAUUGUCUUGAAUUUGCAAGAGAUGAAACAUUGAUUCAGAGAAAUAAUGGAGCAUUUGUUGUGAGACCAUACUGGAAAUUGAAACACAAAGGAUUAGAAGGCAUAAAAAAACAUGAUAUUAGUGAUUUACAUCGAGAAAGUCGAUCACGACGAAUGGGAGCUGAUAUUGUGAAUCUUAAUGGAAAUAUCAUUGGUCAAUUAAGUUGUGUCAAUUUAGAAAACCAAACAAAAAAAUAUUUGAGUGCUCUCCUUCAAAUCUUUUGGUUGUUGGUAAACGAAGAGAUUGCACUUGCCAAGUUUAAGUCUUUCAUAGAACUAAUUCACAAGCUCGAAUGUCCUGCUAUAUUGGAAUGGUUUAAUUUAUCUAAUGUGAAACAACGAUAUUGGAGCCAUGAAGCUACAUCUGAAUGGCUAAUUAGUAUCAGUAACUACAUUAAUCAUCAACAAAUAUCUUCACUCAAAAAAACAGAUUUUAUUAAUUUAAUUAUUGACGAAACCAAAGAUAUAUCAGUCAAACAAAUGAUAUGUAUUUGUUUGAGAUAUGUGGAGCAAGAUCGUGGGGUAAUCAAAGAAGAAAUUUUUAAACUAGAACCUAUUCAUGAUGUUAGCGGUGAAGGUAUUUUUCGUGUGGUAGAAGAAUUCAUCAAUAACUUACAGAAACAAGUGGGUAAAGAACUUAUUAUUACUGCUCAGACAUAUGAUGGUGCAGCUGCUAUGCGUUUUCAAGCUCAAGGUCAUGUUCGAGGUCGAUUAUCUGCAUGGGCAAUUUAUGUAUAUUGUCAUUCUCAUUUACUUAAUCUUAGUGUUAAAGAUUCUAUUGAAUAUUCUUUUUAUGAUUCAUAUGAUACUAUUAAAUCAGCACUAGUCUUUUUACGUGAUAGUCCUCAUAGACUUCAAAUUCUUAUUAACAGUCAAAAAGUAGUUGAUUCGAGUAAAAAAGGGCAGAGUAUACCUAAACCAAGUGUUACUCGAUGGUCUUAUUCAUACGAGAUUGUUAAAUUUGCUUGCCAACAUUAUUCAGCAAUUAUUUUAACCUUUUCAACCAUAUCUCAAUCGCAAACCAAUGGAUCUUCCGAUGGACGUCGUUAUGCAUCUGAUUUAAUGAACCCAGUUGUUGCUUUCCAAAUAUUUUUACUACGUGAUGUUCUUCGUCCGGCUAUGCAAUUUUUAAGACAAAUUGAAAAGCGUGGUUUGUGUUUAGAUCAGUUUAGUUUGAAUGUUAGUGCUGCACGAGAAUCAAUUUCACAAGCAAUGAAUAAUUUUGAUUUUAUCAAUUUUCGAGCAACAUUAAACAGUAUUAAAGAUUUUGCUCCAACAUUCACAUUACCAUCGCACUCAACGCGUUUACGAAAUAUGAUGCAUAACGAUUUUGAUGAAAAUGAACUACGUAAAAUGGGAGAUUGUUUUAUUAACCAUAUUUUAAACUCAUUGGACGAUCGAUUCGACACAGCAGCAAAGGAAAUAGUUCAAAACUUGUGUGUGUUUUCUUCUCCAUCAAGUCGAUCAACCGAGGAAUUAUUAAAUAAUUCUUUAAUACAAAAAUACACAUCUCCAGCUAACCACAAACAUAAAGGUGUGGAUGGUAAAACAUAUGAACGUACCGAUCGUCCUUUAUUGAAUUUCAAAUCUUUAAAAGAUGAUGUGUAUGCAUUUUCAAAAAUCGUUGAAGGUAUUUCAACAAUUCCAGCAAUUUUAUCACAAUUAGCAAAAUUUGGUAGUGAACAAUGUCCUGAAUGGUUUCGGUUCUAUCAGAUAUUGGGAACAUUUGCAAUUGGUUCAAAUGAAGCAGAAAGAACAUUCAGCACAUUGCGAAGAAUUAAAAGCUGGUUACGAAAUCGAUUAUCUGAUAGUACUAUUGAAAUAUUAGUGAAAUUGUCGAGUCUUAAGAUGGAAUUAACAGAAGAUAUUAUUAAUUGCAUUGUACAAGAUUUCGUGAGAAAUCCUGGUCGCGCAAAAUCGCGCAACAUAACGUUGUUUUUGAAGGAUGAUCAAUUUCAAGGUGAUGGGGACGAUGAUCCCCCACUACUCUCAAAAGUAAUCGGGAACCAUGAUAGUACAGGACAACUGAAUGUGUUUAUCUUAUUGAAGAAGAAGGUAAAUAGUGAACUAUUGAUUGUUUCACGAGAAGAUUUACCACCAACGCUUCGAAAUGGGCGAUUAACAUUAAACCAAAAAAUAAUUAUUCGAGAUGAACAACGGAACAACAUCGAAGGUGUCAUUGUUUACAUGCAUGUAGAUCGUGACAGUUGUGCCAAUGCUCGAAAAGAAAUUAUGGAUACCAUGACAAAACAAGCACAGAAAUCCAGCGGAAAUUCUGGAUCCUCACGUUCGACAACGCCAUUAACAUCGCAAACGGUUGUUCGAUCGACGCCGUUACAGAAAUUUUCAAAGAAGCCAUCAUUACCACGAGUUGAAUCAGUACGAAAAACAACAAUGCUUACAUCUACAACUGGAAAUAAACAUCUGAUUGAAUCUCGUGACAAAUUAGCUGAUCCAGUCGAGCAUCAGGAACGUGCUGAAACUAUUAGUAACGAAGCACGAAACGGUUCACGUGAAUUUUCAUUUUCGCCGAACACAGAUGCUAGUGAGAAGCAAAAGUCUCAGCCGACAAUCUCCAACACUUUUGAUGCAUCCAUUAGCAUCGACGAAGAUAACGAGAACGAGUUUUUUAUCGACAAAAUCAAUCAACUCAAUGCUCAAAUACAUCAAUUGAAACUGAUAGUUCAACAACGUGAUAAUGAAAUCAAACGAUUACGUUCGACAACAAUAACUUUGCCAACUGACCAAAUCACUCGAGAUUUUAUUUGCCACAUGGGGGAUAAAAUCCGAGAGAGUACAACGGAGUAUAAAUAUUCAGGCAAUUUGUCAAAAGAUGCUCAACGAUUGGGAAUUAAUGUUAUGAAACUCACCGAGUUUUUGACGUCCAAAACGUCAAUUUCAAGCAUUGCAAGAAAUAUAUUCAAGGAAAUCGUUCCGGUCGAAAAGCGAAAUGUUUCUUGUUGGAAUGAAUUGCAAGAUGAUGUGCUAUGUAAGGAAAAAAUGUUAAUCCACUUUAUGAAAAAUUAUUUCGGUCCACUUGACGUUGACGAGAAAAAAGUACAUAUUAGUAUCGUUGGUUGCCUUCGAAACGAUCGUGGAAAACAGAAGAGCGUCAAACAACGAGUUCAAGCGGCUCUCAACAUCGAUCAAACCGCAAGUUAUCCGAACGAAAUUGAUUUUGUCGAUGAUGACAACCAGAUCGACGAUGUUCUUGAUAAUUGA